GUGAACGGGUUGUGGGUAGCUGAAUCUUGGCGUCAGUGUUCGCGUGUAUCGAGUGAGUAAAGCGUAUCAUGAGUGAAGUGUCUGUAUUUGUGACCAAUGAACUGAAGAACCACAAAACUGAAAGUCAACUAGUUUAAAAGAUGAACCGUAACUAUUGCUAAGCUUCCUCGCCUUAACGUGACGCUUCAGUCAGUGAACUGCACCUCAAGAUGACAUCUCCGUUCAAGGGAUCCUUUCCGAGUUCACCCAAGAGGAAGAACUCGGUGGAAUCAGUAUGGAGCAGGUUCUCCUCGCCUUACGACCCUCCGGACUCUGUUGAUCGCUACAGGACACUUUCCCCAGAGCCACGAUUACUGUGGUAUAAAAGGAUAGCCAGGUCCUUUCCUCCCACAUCCCCGAAAAUGACCCGAUCCACCAGCCUCCCUCGACGAGCUGCCCACUCCCCGAGACCCAAAAGAUUGAAUUUCCAGCUUCUCACACCUCCUUAUUGGACCAGCACAGCCAAACGCACCACUGAUGACCGAGAUAUUCCCCCGACUCCUAGAAAGAAUAGAGACGUAGAGGAGAUGAUUAGAAGAGAGCGUCGCAUUUCACGUUCUGCUGAGAUUCUAGACGAUGACUCUGAGUUCGAUGGUUCAAGUAAGGAAGGUAAACGAGGGAUCUGGCAAAUAUGCAAGUCUUCUGAGGAACUUGAGGCGCGUGAGGCACAUUGCUUGGCAGGCCUGGAGCGGCUGAGAGUCUGCAGAACCUCUAGAUCAGAUGACUCGAUCAAUGUGAAAAUGUGCCCAACAAGAGGCGCUGGGAUGUCUACUUGGUGCCAGACUGAAGGAGACAUUGAAGGAGAGAGCAAUACGGAAAGCACUGACACUCUUCAUGAUGGCCAGUACUAUGAUAACGAGGAGGAGGAUGACGAUACAGAAGUGGAAGAGGAGGAAAGAGAGGAAAGCCUGGAUCACGGUAAAGAGGCAGUGGUGAUUGUGAUGGCAAGGAAUAGCGACCACCCUCCCAUCACAGUCAGGCCAGGAGUUUCCCUUGACAAGUUUCGCAGUUCUCGCUCAAAGCCUGGAAAGUUUGUUGCUGCCUCGCCUGAGUCCCGCGCCGCCCACAAGAGAAAUAGAUCCACAAGCUCUGAUUUGGAGGACGUAGAGGAAACGUUCCCAGAGUGUGACGACUUUGGGGGAGAAGAUAGACCGGAACCCAAAUCCGGUGAUACAAUAGACAGGGGCAGAAAGAAGAAGGAACAGAGGCCGCAGUUUCUUGAUAUUCCACAAAUGCCUGAGCUCUGCUUGGCGAAGUACAACCUUAGGGAGAGAUUCAGAAGGCGGGGCAUGCAGAGAGCUACUUACCAGAGUACCCUUAUGGAAGCCUCCGCACCAGGACUGUCUGUAAAGGGACGAGCAUGUUCGCUAUCCUGUGCUGGGGUAGCUGGAAGAGAGGGCGGAGGGAUUAUUGCCGAUGAAGAAGUGUUUGUAGAACCGACCGUGCAGUACACAAGAGAUCACUGGAAUAAUGUAAGUGCUGGACGGAGAUCGCUCAGGUUAAGGAGUGCACGGUCCAGGAGUGAGGAGAGGGGCCCAUCACUGCAGCGGUCCCACUCUAUGAGGCAACAAAGCUUCAGGCACAGCGCGGAGGCAAGGAUACCAGCCAGGUUUCAACACCACGCGGUCGUGAGCGAGGACGAAUCGGGAAUCUGCCACGGCCUGAUCUUCAACGGCGGCACCAGUGUUCGCACCGGCGUCUUCCCGGCCUCCCUGGUGCUCCGCGGCGACCAGAACGGUAAGAUGCAAAGUAUGAACCAGUGGCAGACUGAGGCAUUACAAGGAGCUGCAUCUUGACGGUAUGUGCCAUGAAUGUGCAACCAAACAGACAAACGCUACCGCACUUCACACUUCACACGGACCAUGGGGAGAUGACAGGUUCCUUCAGUCGACUGGGAGAUGAUAGGUUUCAUCUUUCGACUGGGUUUAUUUAUACAGUGUACAGAGACUAUAACUUCACAGCUUAAGCACCAUCCUUCAUUAAAUG